AUGGAGGGGGUGGACGACGAAGAGAACGCUAACCUUCUCCAAUUCGGCCCGGAGCAUGCCAAAGACGACAUGUCAUGCUUGUCGAACGCGGAGGUGUCUGUGGUGCUCGAAAAGCAGAGGAUCAACUACGAAGAGAAGGACAUCAACGUCACACCGUAA